AUGAAUCGAAUAGCCAGAAUCUCAGCUAGAAUUCCAGCUAGAAUUCCAGCCCACUUGAGGCAAGCAUCCACGGCUUCUACAGCAUCUACAGUAAUCUCCACAGCCGAGGAAAAGAAGCCGCCGCUAAAGGAGAAAAAAGUGGACUGGAAGACGGAUUUGCUGAAAAUUCUGGAGACUGAACACAAGCAGAAGAAGAGGAAACUAUGGAAGAUGCGAGUGGAUCAGCAAGCGAUGGCAGAUAUCUUCAGAUUCACACUGAAAGAUGACGUGCAGUCUCUGGUGAGACUCACUGAGAAUCAGCUAAGAAGUCGGCAUUCUCCGGAAACUGUGCCCGUUUGCUUCCUGGUUCUUCAUAAGAAAAUGGAGAAGAUUUUGAAGAAAGUGGAGGCUAUUGAAUCACCUGACUCUUUAUCGAUUUUUAUAGGAAUAGCUGAUCUAUAUAGGUCCAUUAAGAGAAAUGAGACGAAUACCACUUAUCUGAUGGCUCUUCUGUUGCUAAGUAGUCUCCGAAAAUGGAAGGAUCAACGAUCCUACGAAGAGAGAAGUUCUAAAACCAUCGCGGAUCUUUUUGAUUCAAUGGAACAGAAAAUGAGGCAAUUGGCGAAAGGAGUGAAUGUUGAGGAGCGGGAAAUGGAAGUGUUCUUGAACUCGGAUGAUCACAAAGCAAUCCAAAACGAAGUGGAGAUGUUGAGAAGUUUUAGUGUUCCCGUACCAAGGAAAAAAGAAGGAGCAAGAUAUUCGGAAGAGUUGGAAGAUCUAAUAGGGCCACUUCAGACGAAUUGUCAUCAAGAAGAGUACAGGAACAAUCCAUUUCAAGUUGAUGGGAUGGAAAAGGGGAAAUAUAAGACAUUGUUCGAAGAGCAUUUGAAAACAGAGUCAACAAUGUGGAUUCAAGUCAAGAAUACGGUAGGGGAGGCGGCGGAGAAGAAUGGGAAGUCGGGAGAGGAGCUGAUAACGGAAUGGGAUUGGAGGAAAAGGAUUAGUGAUGGAUUGAGGAAGUUGGAUCCGAAUGAUACGCAUCCGUUGGUUUCCACAUGCCUUGAACUCCUCCCCCGUGAGAAGCUAGUUGAAAUCCUCUACUUCACCGUCGUUGCCGCCUGCUCCCAAGGACAAAACCUCAUCGGAGCCACCCAAUUCCAAUACGAUGUCCUAGACCCGAUUCUCAAAGAGCUAGGAAACGCAUUCAAGAAAGAGUUGGGAUUCAAUGAGACGGAAAUCUGGAAGCGUGUCUUCGACUCGUACAUCAACUAUUUUUUGGAUUCAGGAGUCUCCAGACAGAAUACGCAUCGAGAGUGGUGGAGCAAGGCGUGUAAGCAGCAGAACUUGGCCCCAAAUUUUAAAUUUCAAAUGGGAAAUCUGGAUGCAGAGACGAGGAACGAGGUGUGCAAUGUGAUAGUGGAUGUGCUUUUCAACUCGUGUCUGUUUCCAGUGGAGUCGAAGGAUGGGAAAAAUUUUUCGCCUUUUGAAGUUAUCUUUCCACACCUUUCAAUGUCCCCCUUUAACAAAAAAUUUGCAGUCACCUGGACUCGCUCCUUCUCCUACCGAUCCAUCUCCAUAGAAGAAGAAUCGAAACUCUCCACGGAUUGUCGUCUCUCCCUAUCCAGAAUGCUCUCAAUCAACUCGAAACUCAUGGCAAUGUUCGACAAGAAUCCCUUCGAUUUCAUCGUAUUCUCCACAUUCAACCUCCCAAUGACAGUACCACCAAGACCGUGGAUUGAUCGGGGAACGGGCGGUCCGUUGUAUACAGCAGGACAGGAUAUCAUUAGGAAUAUGUUCGAAUUCAAAUCGGUCCGUUUGAACGAUGAAAUGAGGCAGAGGAUACAGUCGCCAGCACAAGGAAGGCCGGUGUUCGACGCGCUUAAUCAGUUGGGAUCUACACCUUGGGUUAUCAAUGAGUCCAUGCUGGACACGUUGAAGACGGUGUUCGGGCAGUCCGGAUGUAAAGAAUCCGAGCCACUUUUGGAGAAGUUGGGUAUUCCAAUGAGGCAUGAUACAUUUGAUGUUCCGGAUUUUGUGAGGGAGUUUGGAAAUGUGAAAAAGGAGGAUGUGGAUGUGGAGAAGUUUAGGAGAUAUGCCAAGAAGAAAGCGGAAGCUGUGAAGAUGAGAAACGAAAGCAAUUCGCUGUGGUGUUGGAUGCAGUACCGAGUGGUCCUAGCUGAUCACUUCCGCGGCCAAACCCUCUUCUUCCCUCACAACAUGGAUUUCCGCGGCCGUGUCUACCCACUCUCUCCAUAUCUCUCCCAUAUGGGCGACGACGUCAAUCGAUGCAUUCUGAAGUUUGCCAAAUCUCAACCACUAGGAUCGCACGGAUUCGACUGGCUCAAACUGCACUGUGUAAAUCUGACGGGGACGAUGAAGCGAGCAAGUGUGGCCGAUAGAAUGGUCGAAGCCGAACGUCUCAUUCCCUCUAUUCUCGAUUCGGCACGUAACCCAUUGAAUGGCGAGAAGUGGUGGAUGUCUUCAGAUGAGCCAUGGCAAACGUUGGCGGCGUGUGUGGAGAUCGAGAACGCAAUGAAGUACGGUAGUGACGUGGCAUCGUUUCCCAGUCAACUACCAGUUCAUCAGGAUGGAAGUUGCAAUGGAUUACAACACUACGCGGCGUUAGGAAGAGACAAUGAAGGAGGCGUUCAGGUGAAUCUGACGCAGUGUGAGACGCCGAACGAUGUGUAUUCAGAUGUGGCACAGAGAGUUGAGCAAAAACGAAAGCAAGACGAGGAGUCGAAUGGUGAGGAUCGUGACGUGGCACUGAAGCUUCGAGAGGCUCUUCCACAAAAUGUUCCACGAAAAGUUAUCAAGCAGACAGUGAUGACAACGGUCUAUGGCGUGACAAUGUAUGGAGCAGUUUUGCAGAUUAAGAGACAGUUGAAAGCAAUGGAUAUACCAGGAGAAGACGCAGCCAUAUUCGCUCGCUAUCUUGCUCGCAAAACAUUUGCCAGUCUCAAUGACGCGUUUACCAGUUCAAUGGCUCUUAAGGAUUGGUUCCGGCUGAUUGCAAAAGGAGCAAGUGAUUUGAUGAAGACAGUGGAGUGGGUCACACCAUUAGGUCUUCCUGUUGUCCAACCGUAUUGUCGACUUUUGGAAAGAAAAUCAAAGUUGGUGCUAGUCCCGAUUCCUAUGAAACAAGUCGACGCGUUUCCACCGAACUUUGUACACUCGUUGGAUUCUACGCAUAUGAUGCUCACUUCGCUGAAUUGUGCUAAUCGUGGGAUCACUUUUGCCGCCGUCCACGAUUGCUUCUGGACGCAUGCCAACUCGGUGGACGAGAUGAACCAAAUCUGUCGUCAGCAAUUCGUCUCGCUACACUCUCAACCAAUAGUUGAGCAAUGUUCCGAAUGGUUCAAAACCACCUAUUUGACACCGAGGAUUCAGAAGAUUCUCCCGCCGUCUGAAGUCGAUAGAUUCGCUGAUAUCUUCACUGUUAAAGUGAAACAAGGAGAGCUGGAUAUUGAGAAAGUCAAGGAUUCUGUGUACUUUUUCAGUUGA